AUGGAAUGUGAAUUGAAGGUCAAAGCCUACCGAUUCAUUGCUUACUCUGCAAUUUCUUUUAGCUUUGUUGCUAUUUGCUCAGUAUGUCUUUCAUUACCGAUAGUCUACUUUUAUAUUAAUAAUGUCAAAACAAGUAUGCAAGAAGAUAUCGAUUUCUGCCGAGUAACCAAAGACAUUUGGACAGAAGUACAGCACGUUAAACAGCUUCCUCGAAACAGGACAUCUCGUCAAGCCGGCUAUACGAAUUCCGGAAGCUCACAAGACGAUGAAUAUGUCGGAGAUGACGAUCCGAACGGAUUCGAUGAAUGUGAAGGGUGCUGUUUGCCAGGUCCGCCGGGCAGUCCUGGUGAACCUGGCAGGUCCGGUCGACCUGGAAAACCUGGAAUUCCCGGGCUUCCCGGCAGUCCGGGAAAGCCACCACAGCAGCCUUGUCAGCCGAUCACUCCUCCACCGUGUGCCCCGUGCCCAGCUGGACCUCCGGGAAAACCAGGACCUCAAGGCCCACCUGGUGAUCCAGGUAUUCCCGGUCCGCCGGGAGCUCGUGGAGAAGAUGGAGAACCUGGAGAACCAGGACCGCCGGGACCACCUGGCGAGCCUGGAUUCCCAGGGCCACAAGGACCCCCAGGACAGCCCGGCAUUCCAGCGGAACCGGUCCCAUUCAGAGCCGGUGUUCCUGGACCACCAGGAGAUCCGGGACCGCCGGGACUUCCUGGCGAGAUCGGAGAAGUAGGCGAUGAUGGUCCGCCAGGACCUCCUGGACCGAAAGGACCACCGGGAGCCUCCGGUAUACCAGGAAACGAUGGUCCGCCGGGAGCAAAAGGACCUCCGGGACCACCAGGAAAUCCAGGAGAGCGUGGAAUUUGUCCCAAAUAUUGUGCAAUCGAUGGUGGCGUUUUCUUCGAAGAUGGAACACGACGAUAA